UUCUGUUUCCAAGCUUUUGCUUAUAUUAGCUAUCUUUCAUCCUUCGUAGGUUGAACUACACAUUUCAUUUCCAACUGCUGUGCAAAGAAAGGAUGAAAAAAUGGCUUUCCAACUACUUACCAAUAGUACAAAUAUUAAGUGCUCUAAUGUCUUGUUCCUUGUAAUGAAACUAUGCUUCCUCAUCAUAUGCUUUUUUCAGUCUGCUAUAGGAGCUGGCACUCCUCUAGAAACCAUCAAUAUUGGUGCAAUCAUAGAUGUUGAUUCCCGAGCUGGUAAAGAGCAAAAAACUGCCAUGCUGGUAGCAGUUCAAAGUUUCAAUAGUAUAUCAACAAAUCACAAACUCACUAUUCAUUUUCGUAACACCAGCAACUAUCCAAUUCAUGCAGUGUCUGCAGCUGAAGAGCUGAUUACACAAAAACAAGUGCAAGUUAUAAUUGGGAUGCAGACAUGGGAGCAAGCUGUUUUGGUUGCUGAUGUUGGGAAAAAAGCUCAAGUGCCAGUUCUUUCAUUAGCACCAGCUCCUAACAGACAGCUGUUCAUACAGCAUAGAUGGCCUUUCCUGGUACCAACGGUUUCCGAUGGCUUCGAACAGAUAAGUUGUAUUGCUUCUAUCAUCCGUUCUUACCACUGGAGAAAGGUUGUAGCAGUCUAUGAGGACAACACAUAUGGCGGUGAUUCUGAAAUGCUUGCAAUACUAUCUGAGGCCCUUCGACCUGUUGAUGCAGAAAUUGAGGCUCAUUUGGUUCUUCCACCAAUGUCUUCUGUGUCUGAUCCAGAAGGAAUAGUCAGAGAAGAGGUAGAAAAAUUAUUGAUGACACAAUCCAGGGUGUUUGUUGUUCUUCGAUCUUCAUUAUCACUAGCCAAUCAUUUGUUUAGAGAAGCCAGGAAGCUAGGAUUAAUGGGUAGAGACUCAGUUUGGAUAAUUGCAGACACUCUUUCUAAUCUCCUAGAUUCUGUUGACACCAACUUCAUCUCCUCUGCUCAAGGUGCUCUAGGAACCAAAUUGUACUACUCAGAAGAGGCUACUCCUUUUCUGGAUUUUAGACGUCAGUUUCAGAAAGUUUUUCGAUUGGAAUUCCCAAGUGAACAUAAUUUGGAGCCUGGAAUUUAUGCUCUACAAGCAUAUGAUGGCAUCACAGCUAUUUCGAAAGUUGUGAUGGAAUUAGGCAGUAAAAGUAAUACUGGUACUUCAAUGCUACUGCCAACGAUAAUUCGAUCAAACAAUUUCACUGGCUUAACUGGUGAUAUAUAUUUUCAUAAUGAGUCACUAUCAAGCCCACCAAUGUUUAGGAUUGUCAAUGUUGUUGGCAAGAGUUACAAAGAACUUGGCUUUUGGUCAUCAAGUUUUAACUUUGCAGAUAGCCUUGAAUUGGAAAAUGGGAAGAUAAAUUUUAGUGCAGUUGAUGGUGUUCAAACCAUGCAAAAUAUGACUGCUAGAGUAAAUUGGCCGGGGGAAUUAGACAGAAUCCCAAAAGGUUGGGCAAUGCCCAGUAAUGCAAAUCCAAUGAAGAUUGGAGUUCCAGGACGAACAGUUUUCCAGAAAUUUGUAAAGGUAGAUUGGGUCGACAAUGACAAGAAUGGUGAGUGGAAGUAUGACGGUUUCUGCAUUGAUCUUUUUGAAGAAAUACUUAAACUUUUGGAGCAAGAAUAUGCCCUCCCUUAUGAAUUUUAUCCCUACAACGGCAGCUAUGACCAGCUUGUUGACCAUGUCAUCAAUCGGUCCUUUGAUGCUGUUGUUGGCGAUGUAACAAUACUGGCCGAUCGAUCAAAUGAUGUGGAUUUUACCCAGCCAUAUGCCGAGUCAGGCUUGUCCAUGCUGGUCCCAGUGAAAAAUGGAGCUCAGAUGCCAUGGAUGUUUGUGAAACCUUUCACUCGGAACAUGUGGAUUGCAACAUUUUCAAUAAUGUUCUACACAAUGAUCGUGGUAUGGUACAUAGAACACCAAACUAAUGAACAGUUCAAAGGCCCUUGGAAAGACCAGUUCGUAACUGCAAUCUGGUUCACAUUCUCCACUCUUUUCUUCGCUCACAAAGAAAACGUCAGAAGUAACUCUACUAAAGCGGUGGUUAUGAUGUGGCUAUUUCUGGUGUUCGUAGUAACCUCAAGUUACCAAGCAGCUCUCACUUCAAUCCUUACAGUCCCCAGACUUGAGCCUCGUACGACUGAUGUAGAAUGGGUAAGGAAAACAAAUGCAGCAGUUGGAUGUGACAGUGAUUCCUUCGUAAGGGAUUAUUUGCAGAAUGUACUUCAACUUCGAAACAUCAAGACCUUUGACAGCGAAGACGCUUAUCCUGCAGAAUUUGAGAGCGGCAACAUAACAGCAGCAUUUCUUGAACUGCCUUAUCAGAAGGUUUUCCUGGGAGAGUACUGCAAUGAGUACACUGCUGUUGGACCUACUUACAGAAAUGGAGGACUGGGCUUUGUGUUUCAGAAAGGAUCUCCAAUAGCCCGUGAUUUUUCCAAAGCCAUUUUAACUCUGCAGGAGAAUGGUAAGCUUAGGAGCCUCGUAGAAGAAUGGUUAGAAUCAUCUACGAACUGUUCGAGUGUCGAUGGGUCUGGUAACCCUGAGAGUCUGCGCUUUGAGAGCUUCUGGGUAUUAUACCUUAUUUCUGGUUCCACUUCCACUUUUUGUUUUGUAUUUUUUAUUACGAAAAAAUGUUGGAGACGCCAGGAGGCCUAUCAGAAUGGUGCUAUUGUGGGUGGUAAAGGAAUAAAAGGUAUCGUGGAUAAGGUAGUAGAACUAGAACCGUACUUGCGUCGCAGAUCAAUGGGGAGAGCUGGGACAUUCGCUCAAAGAUGGAGUUCCUCACGGUGGGGUUUAGUAAGUCCUACAGACCCUUCAGAGCAUUUUGAGGCUGCUCCAUAAGGGGAGUUGAAACGCUUGCUGUGGUGUGCAUGCAUAUUCGUUCAGGGGUACAGGGAGAUGUCGUAGGAGCUCUGACUUUCAAUUUUCCUCAACCAUAUCAACAGCAUUUUGAUAAUGCCUAACAUGUAGAAAUAGACAUUACUCAUGUGGAUUGUUGACAGAAUAGAGGGAACUUUUGUUUGUUUGUUUUUUU